GCGAUUGGCUGGAGUCUUGAUCAAUUAGGCGCUAAUUGCGAGCGUACGUUAAGAAGCCUUCUUCGUCGUCCUGUCUCAAACCUCACAGACACACAGUUCCAAAAGGAACAGGGGGACUAGAGACAUUCCAGACGCCGACGCAGCAGACCGAGUUGCCAAAUGUCGGAUGCGGGUGAGUACUGUUGCUUCGUUGGGAGCCUUUCCUGGUCCACUACUGAAGUAGGUCUCAAAGAUGCCUUUGGGAAAUUUGGCCGUCUGACUGAGGCAAAGGUGGUUCUUGACAAGUUAUCCGGCCGAUCACGUGGCUUUGGCUUUGUGACUUUUGAUGACAAGAAGGCCAUGAAAGAAGCAAUUGAGGCGAUGAAUGGUAUGGAUCUGGAUGGAAGGAAUAUCACCGUUGAAAGAGCCCAGCCUCAAAGUUCAGGCAGGGACCAUGAUGGGGAUCGAGAUUAUAGUCGUGGUGGCAGUGAUCGUGACCGCUACCGUGGUGACUAUGGCCGUGGUCGUGACCGUGGUCGUGAUUUUGGUGGAGGUCGUGGUGGCGGCGGCGAUUGCUUCAAAUGUGGCAAGCCUGGCCAUUUUGCGAGGGAAUGCCCUUCUGAUGAUGGUGACAGAGGGGACAGGUACGGUAGCAGGGGUGACAGGUAUGGUGGCAGCAGUGCAAGCAGCCGCUAUGGUCCUGAUCGUGGUGGUGAUCGCUAUUCUGGGAGCCGUGAUGGAGGAAGCCGCAAUGGUGGUGGCAGUGAUCGAUACAACCGUGACAAGUCUGGUCCUUAUGAACGUCCCAGCCGAGAUGGAUACAGAUCUUGAUGGUGGGAGGCUGUUUCUCAGGUAUGGAAGCUAUUUAUGCUUUUAAGCAAGUUGUAUGUUUGCUUCGUUACAUAAUGCAGCAAAUGACUUGCUGUUCUGUACUCUGAUAAGAGUUUCAAUGCUCUUGUUAGCUGUGCUAACUAGUGCUUGUUUUUACCAAUGUCCUUAUCUGCAUUUGGCUUGUAACCGGUUCCUCAGGAGUUUCAGUGGAUUGCCUUGUUUCUGUC